UUUUGGUUAUAAGUACCAGCUCAGCUCUCUCCAAAUUUCGCCGUUUUGCAAACAGCGUUUCUCAAAAGAUUUCCAGAAGUUUCAAUUCAUCUUUCUCCUUUCUCCCAAAAACUCCUUUUUCAUCAUUUCUCAAUCUCCGACACCAGAGAAUUUUUCCGGCGUUGAAGCGGUUACUUCUCCGUUUAUUUCACGUAAAAAUCUCUCAGCUUCCCUUUCUUUCAAGGAUAAUGGCUCACUCUCAAAACCAGGAGUUAGAGUAUAUGGUGGAUGAGUACUAUGACACUACUGAUUUUGAUGACAGUACUUUCGCGGAUGAAUCUCCACGAAGUACUGAUGUUGAUGACUCUUUAGACUCCGAUUUUGAGGAUGAUUUCGAAGUGAGUAAGUCAAAGACUGAUACAUCAGCUGUAGAAGCUAGAAAUGGCAAGGAUAUACAAGGAAUUCCAUGGGAAAGGCUUAAUUUUACAAGAGAUAAGUACCGUGAGAUGAGGUUGAAGCAGUAUAAGAACUACGAGAACCUCCCCCGCUCUCGUGAAGAUCUUGAAAAGGAGUGCAAGGAAGUAGGAAAAGGACACAGCUUCUACGACUUCCAGUUCAAUACAAGGCUCGUCAAAUCCACUAUUGUGCACUUUCAGUUGAGGAAUCUCUUGUGGUCUACAUCAAAACAUGAUGUGUAUCUGAUGCAAAACUACUCCGUGAUGCACUGGUCCUCACUUCUCAGGAGGGGAAAAGAAGUGCUAAAUGUUGCUAAGCCAUUGGUGCCCACUAUGAAAUACCCUGGAUCAGUGUCUCAAACACUUUCUCGUGUGCAAAUCAGCACUUUGGCUGUCAGAGAUGGUUUAAUGGCUGCUGGUGGUUUCCAAGGGGAGCUUAUCUGUAAGUAUCUACACCAUCCUGAAGUGGCAUUCAGUACAAAAAUAAGUAACGAAGAGAAUGCUAUAACUAAUGCUGUGGAUAUUUGUUAUAGUCCUAUUGGCUCGAUGAGGAUAAUCACUGCUAAUAAUGAUCAGCAAGUCAGAGUUUUUGAUGCAAAAAACUUCGCUUGCACCAGUCGUUAUACAUUCCCUUGGUCUGUUAAUAACACCUCUGUUAGCCCAGAUGGUAAACUACUUGCUGUCCUUGGUGAUAGUCCAGAAUGUCUAAUUGCUGAUGGUCAAAGCGGGAAGGUUGUCAGCAACCUAAAAGGUCACCUAGACUAUUCAUUUGCAUCAUCUUGGCACCCGAAUGGAACAAUUUUGGCAACUGGUAACCAAGACACAACUUGCAGAUUGUGGGAUAUAAGGAACACAUCACAGUCUAUAGCAGUACUCAGGGGAAGGAUGGGUGCUAUCCGUGCAAUCAAGUUCACAUCAGAUGGUCGCUUCAUGGCCAUGGCUGAGCCAGCUGAUUUUGUCCACAUUUUCGAUACACAAUCUGAUUAUGGCGCCUGUCAAGAGAUUGAUUUGUUUGGCGAGAUUGCUGGGAUAUCCUUCAGCCCUGAUACUGAAGCUCUCUUUAUUGGAGUGGCCGACCGAACCUAUGGAAGCUUGUUGGAGUUUAACCGUAAACGUUGUCACCACUACCUUGAUUAUGUUUUGUAGUGAAAGGCGCCUGACCUUGUGGUUUAAUUUAGGGCAUCUGCUUGUUUGGUGUAUAGUUUGCCGGCCUUCUAUGACGAUGAUCAGAAGGCAGGCACCUCUAGGAUUUGGAUAACUAGUGCGAUCUGGAAAGAGCUAUGAUGACGUUCCAGUGGCUGGCUUUCUAGGGACUGUAUCUGCGGGAGUAUAUUAUUUAAGCUUGCAGAAGGAGGAAGAUUUUGCAGUAGUAAAUGCAAAUCGCAGUGGAUUUGUAUAUCAGAACGAAUUAAGUGGUCAAAUACUUUUGUUAAUGACCGAUUUUACCACAAUUAAAGUGUGUUCGCUUUCGCUUUGCUUU